GAACCAAUCUGUUCAAACACCAGGCGCUGGAGCUUUCGGUGGUUUCAGCUCUGGGCUGCGUUUAGCUCAACCAUCCUAAACCAAACCUUGAUGCUGCAGUGAUGUACUGAGCAGCUGGGGGAAUUAAUUUUUUUUUCUCUCUCUCCGACAAAUAAAUCAAACGUGACCAAAGAGUAACCAUGGAUGUUUUCAUGAAAGGGCUGUCCAAGGCUAAGGAUGGGGUAGUAGCAGCUGCCGAGAAAACGAAGCAGGGAGUGGCAGAGGCGGCGGGAAAAACGAAGGAUGGGGUGCUGUAUGUGGGCUCCAGGACCAAGGAAGGUGUAUUUCAUGGCGUAUCUUCAGUGGCUGAGAAGACCAAAGAGCAGGCGUCUCUGGUUGGUGGUGCCGUGGUGACUGGAAUGUCUACAGUUGCUCAGAAGACCGUGGAAGGAGCUGGAAACAUUGCAGCUGCUACAGGUCUGGUUAAAAAGGAUCAAUUGGUGAAACAGGAUGAAGAUCUUUUUCCUCAGGAGGGUGUGAUGGACAGCACAGAAGCACUGCAAAUUGAUCCUGAUACUGAAGCCUUUGGAACAGCCCCGGGGGAUGAAUAUCAAGAUUAUGAGCCCGAAGCGUGAGUAUCCACAGACCUGGGCGCACUGACCAAGGACUCUUUUAUUUCUCCUUCUCUCUUUUUCUAUGUGAAUGUAC